AUGCAUGGUCGAGUUAUUUCUGUCUCAUAUCAUCGUGGGAGUCCAGCUGGGCAUAAGUCAAAGGAUGUGUCGCAAAUGGGUCAGAUCGGUAGUAGUGUGGGACUUGACGAUGUAUUUGAUCAUGUCAGUUUGGACUUACAGAAUGUGAGUGACAAUGAUGAUGUCCCGACUGAAGAUAUCGACUCGGAAGGGUUUAAUGAUUUCGUAGGUGACUCACCUCCACAUUCACCUCCACAUUCAUCUCCAGCUAGACGAAUCAAUGUUAUUCGUCUUAGGGUUAGAGGACUUGGAGCUGCAUCUGCAUCUGCAUCAUCAUCAGCAGCGAGUAAUGCCCAGCCUUGGGUUGUCAUGAGACCAGUUGUUGAUGGCCCUCAUGACGGUUCUGUUAUUCCCAGUUUUCUUGGUCAUGUGGCCCAUCGCUUGAUGGAUAAGUCGUACAAACCCUCCUUGGAGAUGGAUACAAGAGUCACAUACUUCAAGUUGUUGAAAGAAUGGAAGGGUUCUAUGUCGACUGAGGCUCAGAUCUUGUUGGUUGUUAUGCAAAAUAAUGUUAUUAACGUAUCUUAUACCUCUUAUGGCCCCGAUCCUGUUUCUGAUGAUCCAAGGACCAUAUACAGUGGUUGGAUACAGUACCGAGAUAUUAUUGAGCCAUACUUGCCUAGUCGAGUAUUGCGUCAGAUUGGAUACAUCCAGGUCAUCCCUCCACCUAUUCCUCAUCCCCUGAGUGCAAAUCGUAGUGGUAAUCACCACGCCUACAAGGUUUCAUGGAGGCCCACUGAGGCGUUUGAUGUUUGGAUGCAAUUCCCAUUCAGUACCGGGCUAGAUUUAGAGUAUUUUGAGCAGAGUGAUCAUGAUAAAACUGCAUGCGCUCCUAAUUACCUCCAGUGGUACUUGAAAUAUUCGCAUCCUUUCUUGGUUUUAGAUGCCACUACUAUAGGUGGAGUUAGAACCACAUCACACUGGGUCAACCAAUUGUCCGAAAUUCAUAGAAACGCACUUGAGACAAUCCGCGAAAUUGAUGCAGAGAGAGUAAAGGAGCAUAAGGCAUUCUUUGCUCAAUUUCAGGAUGAUUUCCGAUUGAGCCAUAGAGAUUGA